AUGUGCACUCUUGAUUCAGCGGUUCUGGGGUUUCAGGAAUUCUCUGUUUCUAAGGAGCUCUUAAGCAAUGCUGAUGUUGCCUCUUCUCCUGCUUCUAUCCAGUGCCCCACUUGCCAAUUCAUCUGGUGUUUCAAGUGCCACUCUCCUUGGCAUGAAGGUGUUAACUGCAAGGAGUACAAAAAAGGAGACAAACUGUUGCGUCACUGGGCCAGCGAGAUCGAGCAUGGGCAGAGGAAUGCCCAGAAGUGUCCAAAGUGCAAGAUCCACAUCCAGAGAACUGAAGGAUGUGACCACAUGACAUGUUCACAGUGUAACACUAAUUUUUGUUAUCGAUGUGGGGAGAGAUACCGCCAACUCCGGUUUUUUGGAGACCACACAUCAAACCUCAGUAUAUUUGGAUGCAAAUAUCGCUACCUCCCAGAGAGACCUCAUUUAAGGAGAUUAGUGAGAGGGUCAGUCUGUGCUGGAAAAUUAUUCGUUGCACCUCUAAUCCUGGUUUUGGGAUUAGCACUAGGGGCCAUAGCAGUUGUAAUCGGUUUAUUUGUAUUUCCUAUCUAUUGCCUUUGUAAGAAACAGAGAAAGCGAUCAAGGACAGGUAUGCAUUGGUAAAAUGCAGGUGAUCUCACCCCACUAAGCUGGUCCCAGGAGGAGCUGUGCAAGAUGGCACACCAUCUGUGAGUUCUACCCUGAAAACACUGCGAGGAACCUUCUGCGUCUCGUCUCCCCAUGGCUCUCUGCAAGCCACAAUGCCUCUGGCUACCGGUGCACUCCCAUAUGGUAUCCUGUCCUUACCCUAAACAAAUUGCUGCUUUAAAAAAAAAAUGGUCACUUUCAUAAACUAUAAACAUCUGUAUCAUAUCUCUGACCUUUGUGUUUCUUGGAAGAAAAUAUUUUAACUGAGGACUGGUUUUCCUCAGAAUUGUUCUGAGGGUGCCUCUUCUGAGCAUUGCUUGGAUUGUCUUUGAACCCUCAACCUCCCUCCAGCCUAUCUGUGGGACUUGGUGUGAAUAGCUAAGGUCCUGUCUGUCCCAAUAAGCAAGGUCACUUUUCAGAAGAUACAAGUUCACGGAUGGCAUCUGUUUUCAUCUGUGUCUCAAACAGUGUAAUUCCUUUAUCUUUCAGAUACUGUAAUUGUUAAAACUUUCAGUGCCCAAAAGGGAAAUAAUGAAACUAAAUUAAUGAGAAGAAUUAUGAGUUAAUGAAGUGUAUAUGUGUAGGAGUGUGAAUGUGUGUAUAUAAAUAUAUGUUAAAACUAGGCCCAGUAACCUUGUGCGUAUCUAUUUCCAUGCCUCUACACUAUUUUUUUUUUCCUUCACAUUUUCUUAGACCUGUUUAGAGAUGAUAGUUCUUUUGUGGGCAUAAUUUGCUAACAUAUUGAAUUAAAGUCAAUGUAGACAACAGGCUAUUUUGAUGUUGACCCUUUCUAUUUCUUGCUCUCUCUUUCUGUCACACACAGAAAAAUUUGUGCAAUGGUCAUCCUGAGGUGUAUUGGACUUUGUAAACUGACAAAACUAAUAGGUUGCUUUUAGUAAGCCCUCAAGACCCAAAUAUUCAGUCUUUUCAAUUUCUUCCAUUAUAGCACAUGUGCUUUACUCUGUGGAUAAAUCCUUCAUGUGAGAUUAUUUAACCCAAAGAACAAGUUUAUUAGUAAGAGAAUUGCUUAAGUCUUUAAACAAAUUCCGUAUUCCACUGUUUUUUUAAUUACCAACUUGUGAUGAUAGAUCAUUUAUUUUAGAUCAAGGUUUUAAAUUUUUUAAUCUCCACUGUCUUCCUUAUCUUCUCUUCCUAUUUGUUUUUAUUUGACCUCAAGUUUUUCAUGGAAACAUACCAGUUUGAAAGGAUUUCUCGUUUACUGCUCAAGUGCAUAAUGCUUUGUUGGUAUCUUCUUAUAGAGGGGUUAUGUUCAUAUGUUCAUCUAAAAAAACAGCUGUUUUUGGAGAAGGAAAACAAAAAAUGAAGAAAGUGUUUUCAGAAAGUUUUUCUCAGAGGAGAAAUCUUUGAAAAUAAGAGAAGGACAAUUAAUUAGUAUAUUCAUUUGUUACCAUCAUGAACAGUAGUGUCUGUUAUCAGCAGAAAGGCAGAAAGGACUUCUAAGAAGCCUAAGGUUUUUUACUUGUCUCCAAAUUCUCAAAAUUAGCUAUCUGCCAUGGAUGUAGCAUUUAUGUAUCAGCAAACUUAUAUGACUUGAAAUAGAUUAUAUGAUAAAAAACAUGCAUUCAUAUAGAUGGUUGGUCUUUAUUGGGCUCCAGAGUGUAAGACAUUUUACCAUUUGUGUUUAGCUCAUGGGUGAAAGGGCAGCAUGCUUGCAUUUUUUUUCAGAAUAAUUCAGAAUAGCUGUUGGGUUUUUGGACUCAUCUAUUUUCUGUUGAAGGCGAUUGUGACAUUUGUGAUUCUAGAGUAGUGUAUCUUAAAGCAUGACAUGAGACGAGAAAAAGUGAUGCUCUAGUUUCACAAAUUCAUCUUUCCAUUCACCCAUCCAACCAUUUGUCAGGUAUUUAUUGAGUGUCUGUUUUAGGUGCUUUAGUAUUAGUUAGGGAGAAGGAGAAUCUCUAGCCCAAAUACAUGGCUCUGACAUAAAAGUGCUCAAGUUUUUUUUAAUUCAUCUUUCCAGGACUUAGGCAUCAGUUUGGCAAUGUGUGAAUAUGAUGAAUUCUAAAUAUAGAGGAUCUAUACAUAUAUGAUAUAUAUAUAUCAUAUAUGAAUACAUAUGCCAUACACAUAUAUACCAAUUAGUUGAAAAAUAUAUUCUCUGGUCAUAAAUCAUCUAUUUUCUUAGAUCAUUAUAUCUGUUGUCUUUGGCUUACUCAGGGAUUUUUAUUCCUUUCUUUAAAUAACUUAUCUUUUGAGGUAUUUUCAUAUGAUUUGGAAAACUUUCCAAUAUGCCAGUUACAAAGUAGUGUCUGUUAUCAGUGAAGGCUGUUUCUUCAUUACUGAGACAGUGUGCACUGUAUUGCACAGGAUUUCAUUUUUCUAUUGCAUAGAUUUUUAAAAUAAAUGAAUGCAUUUUUCUCUUUAAAGGUGGAUACAUAUUAGGCUUUUCCCUGCAACAUAAAGUAAUUAUGUGUGAUUUUUUAAAAACUAAAUUUCAACAUCUUACACAGAAAGAAGAAAAUAAAAAGGAUUCUUUAUAUGUCAGUGCCAACUUUGAAGGUAAAACAAUAGUAGUAAUCUUUACAAUAAAUUCUAAAAACUACUUUAGAAAAAGAAGUGUGCACAUUAAAUAAAUAUCUUUCUAUCAAAGGCUGGACAUUUUUAUAUGUUUUUAUUAUAAAUUUAAUAUAUUCUCCUUUAAAAAAUCAAAUCAUAUAGAAUUAUAAAACACAAAUUCCUCUGCUUACCACACCCUAAUUUACGAGGGGUAACCACUGUUAAUGCUUUGGUAUGUGUCCUUCCAGACACUUUCUACAAAUUUACAAAUAACCGUGUGGGGAGGGGUGUAUGAGUGUGUGUGAGUGUGUGUGUGUGUGUGUGUACAUGUUCAUGCAUGUAUUUUAUAUAAAUAGAAUAAUAAUAUUAUUUCUUUGCUGUGACUUUUUCAUUUUAUUAUAUAUUGGUAGAUAUCUUUCCAUAAGAGUUUAUAUAUAUAUAUAUACAUAUAUUUACCUCAUUCUUUUAUAAAUUACUACAUAAUCCAUUGUGGGGCUAUACUUUAGUUGAAUUAGUUUCCUAUUGAAUGGACGUCAAGAUUGUUUCCACUUCCCUGUUACAAAGCAUUAGUGAAAACCCUUUGGCAUAUAUUUUUGUCAUCAUGCAUGAACAUUUCCAUAGUUUUAAAUUUUGAUUUUUACAGGAUAUUUGUAAUAAAAAUUUCAGUGCAUUUUCAGGAAAUGAGAAAUAAUGUAUUUGAAAAAUUUUUUGAGUAAAAGAAAUAUUAACCAGGAGUGCAGAAUUUUUAAAGAGAACAUCUUUUGAAUGAUAAUUUCUUCCCUGCUUGAUUAGCCAAAUAAUUGCCUUACCAAAACUUAUUUAAAAUUAAUCUUUUUCCAAUAAUAAUAAAAUCUGAUGAACUGUCUGUCAGAUAACGUGAGAAAGAUUUUUGAAUUGCCUGGUUUAAACUUGAGAGAUUUAAAUGAAAUAUUCAAACCAAACUGAUGAUGUUUGUCACUUUUUUUAAACACUAUCUACAUUUAUGCACAUGACUUCACAGAGAAAUUUAAUUAUUUCAUGUGAAAAGUAGAAAACAGUAUGUCAGUAGUUACAAAUGCCCACAAUAAUCCAUAGAAAAAUAAAUUACAUUAUGUAAGGUUUGGUGGAAUGAGUAUAAAUCAUAGAAUAACAGGGAACUCUCACUUUACAGUGAAUCACAACAGUGCCCUAGAGAUUUCUGUACAUGGAGUAGGAAGAGGAAAGAGGCCAACCCGUGGUACAAGCAACCUCCUGUUACCACUACCGUGAUUUAGUGAUAGGUGCUAUUGUAUCCUAAGACUAGAACAGACAGGAAAAUGAUACGAGGUAAUUAAACACCAAUCUGGUUACAACAUGAUAUCUUCGAUUGUACUUUCUCUGCUGUGGGAUCAAGAUUCAGUGGUGCCUGUCAGAAAACUCCUUGCUCUGUGACACCAUCUCAUGAGCCUCCAGGCCCUCUCUGAGACUCUGUUUUUCAAUUCCACCACCCAAAUAUAAGACCCAUUGCUCCCAUAAAAUACCUGUAAACUGCUGCAGUCUUUUCCACUUCCUUUACCUUUCCCAACCUUGUUUUUCUCCACACUUCUGCUAUUUUUUUUAUUAGUAGCUCAAGACAAUACAAUGAUCUUGACAUAUCAUACAUUUACACCUCUGCUAUUUUAACUACUCCUUUGCCAAAAGAAAUGAGAAGAAAAGAAGAGGUGAAAAGUUCUCUGGUCUGUGCAGAGCAUCAGCAUUUCUGACUGACCUUUGUCACAUUGGAAGGCAUUGCCAAGACAUCCCAAGUUAAAUGAAUUCUCCUUUGUUAAACAAAUGCAAUUGUUUUUAACAUCAGACUUUUAUGCUGCCUAUUAAAUUUAUAUUGAUGAAAAAAAAUGUAGUGGCCUAAAUCACAUUAGUCGACAUAUAUUACUAAGUACAAAAAACAGAAAAGAAAAUUCACAUCAAAAGCCAUCAUAGAUUUUACAAGGAAGCUACAUAUGCAUAGGCCUUAAUGUGAAUCUUUUCAAUGGGUCAUAUGCUUAUCCAACCAUAUUUGUGAUUGAAAUCUAUCCCAACUAUAGAAAAUAAUUUUUCCCUGUGGUUAGCUUUAUUGUUUUGUGAUAAUUGGUUGUAAAUAUAGCCUUAAAAGUCCACGCACUUUAAAAUACUUGUGCCAUUUAAAUAACUUAAUGACAAAGCAACUAAUGUAGAUGUUUCAAUGAAUAGAGUAGAAUACCAAUGUUAGCAAACCUGUCAUUUCUUUAAAUUUGUGUAGAAUCAGAAGCUAAACAUUUAAAACAAGUAAAAAAAUAAAACCUGAAAAAAUGUAGUAGUUUCUUUAUAGUAAACCUGGAAAUUUUCAAAACUUCUGCUGUGUUUAAAGCUCAAAUAUAGCAAAUAAUAUUUAAUAAAUGUUAUCUAAUAACCUAGUUGUAACAUUGGCUUAAAAUGUUAAGUGAAUUUUUACUGAAAUUUUUAAAUAUAUAUGCAUAGUUCAUGUAUUCUAUGAAAGAAGUAUCCCUGGCUAAAAACAUGGUAGAUCAAAACAAUUUGAACAUAUUUUGUUUUUCAAACUCAUAAUUUAAUUAUGACCUUUUUCUCCUAUUAUGGAAAUCAGGUUCUAAAAUCACAUUUUACACACACACACACACACACACACACACACACACACCACAUUACUUAGGAAAUAUUUAAGACUGUGAAAUGUUACUCUUUGGAUGCAAAUCAAUGAUAACAAUCUUUAAGAGGAAAAUUCAAUGGAACUCCUGGUGUUGAGGUUAGAACUAAUACUCAUUUCAUAACAAAGUAUUGUAUAGAGCCUUUGUGUGCCAUAAGUUGUGAGGUCCCAGAUCCAAUAAACAGAGUCACAGUAGUGUGAGACUAUUAUAAUUGUCUGUUUGGAGUAUUAGCUAAAACCUGAACCUACCACCUACCCUAGGGUCCCCUUAUACAUAUUGCCAAUUAUAGAAGCAUGUAAUUAUGCGUACUAGAAAUGAUAUUCUUUAUUUUUCCUUUUGACUAUAGAAGUGACAUUUUAAGAGUAACUAUAUGGACCUAAAUUUUAAAAUAUGGUAAAUUAUUCUUUAAAAAUACACAAGACAUUGUCACUAUCCCACACUUUUUGCCAUUUCCUUAUACCUAUAAAAGGAUUUUUAUUAGUUUCACUCUUAACUCUUACACAUCACUUAGAUUAUGCAGACUCGUUAACAGAAAAUAUUUCUUUGUUUUCUAUCAUGUGCCUCAUUUCUGUCACUGUUCCAUCAUGAAUAAUUACAUGACUUUCUUAUCUGACUGGGCAGUGAUACCCAUCUAUUUAAAACAUUACCUAUCUCUUAGAUUUCCUGAUUAAUCUUGCUUUUUGCCUCAGCAGUUACCUUCCCUGAUGAAUAAAUUAUCUCACCUCUGUCUCCUUUCACUCUGAUGAAAUGAAAUUCUACUCUUAAAGGACUAUACAAUUUAACUCUGAUAAUGAGCAUAAUUUAUAUUGCUUAAUUUUAUCCGUAAAUUGAAAUAUAUCCAGGAGUUUCUGGGACACUCUUCCCGCCUCUUGAUGAAGUUGAAGAACUUCCACCUAGCUCUCUGCCAAAAAGUAAAUCAAACAAAUGAGAAGAUAUUAGUUGGACCAGAAAGCUUAAUAAUACUCUAGAAAAAAGCCUCAAAAAUUGCUUUACAUUAUCCUAAGAUCAGCAUUGUCUUUGCACAUCAGUUGGCUAGAAAGUUUGUGUAGACAUUCAUCCAACCUGAACCCAAGUCAUUUAUUCUUCAUCCAAAAUAGGUUAUGGUUCCAGUUAUGGCCAUUGGUCCUUGUUUCAACCAGAGGGCCUCCAUCUUGGACUUGUGGGGAAUUUAUAUAGUGCAGCAUUUGUCUGUAAGAGUCAAACAUUGAUUCAUACUGUGAACAUAAUUAGAUUUUUGAUACUCCAAAAUAGAUGACCUUAAAUGAAUGGUUUAGAAACCAUUUGUCAUUGCAAAUGUUCAACUUUUUCAUAGACAUAAGCCACACUCAAACUGUAUUUCAUAUAGGUUUAGUACAUAACAAAAAAAAAUUCAAGGGAGCAUCAAAGUUAGUUGUAAAUGGCCCCAGAAAUUAUGGAAAUAAUGUCACUUUAUGUUCUUCCUUGUAGCUGGCAUGUGUUCUCUCGGUCAUCAGUUCUCUUCAAAUUUGGGAGAUCUUCCUGUCAUGCCCCAGCUAGGGAAAUAUUCUCAAAAUAAUCCAGUCAAGUAUUUUUUAAAAACUGCUAUUUGUUAACGUCUUACUUCCUCUAUAUUCAAUUAUAUUUUGUUUAUUUGAAGGAAAUAGUAUCUAAAUAUCUGACAUAAACAAUCUAAAUUUUUCAAUAUAUAAAUUAGCAUGCUUUAUCUUUCUUUCUAAAGAAAUUUUUGAUCAAGUAUCAUGAUUUUUUAUCAGCUGACUAUUUUCUAAAGACCCCUCUUUUUGAAAUUCCAUAUUCCAUUUUUUAAAAUUCCCCUCAAUAGCUUACUUUUAUUAUUUGAUCAUGUUCAUCACAAUUAAUCUACAGAUAUUAUUUUUUAAAAUAGACCAAAUUAUACUUCAUAUGAAACUUAGAACAGUAAUUGGUUUAUAUAUAUUACCAUUUACCUUAUUAAGGACAAUCUGUUACAGGUUUUUAAUGUGAAAUUUAAUUGACAAUCUUAUUGCUUCAGAAAACAGUUAUGAACAUAUAAUAAUAAUUCAACUUCAUAAGGCCACAGAAAUAAUUUUGUGUAUAAGAAACACAAAAACUGCAGCAUUAAAAUGUGACUAUGUUAAUAUUAUUUAUUAAGAAGCCAUGAGAAUUAAUUGUUUUGUUUAUAUUUUAAACAUUUUUAUGAAACAAAUAUACUCAUAUCUAUUAAUAUAGAUGUAUAGCAAAACUGUAGGACAAGUAAAUAAUUCACAUUUUCCUUUUUUCAUGAAGAGUAUAAAAUGCUAAAAAGAAACAUUGGGGUUUUUAAUUUGUUAUUCCUGUAUAUUCAGAAAUUGAAGUUCUAAAAACUAAUUUGCAUCUCCUAUUUAAAUAUCAGAAUAUAUUUCAUUUUAGUUAUAUUCUUAUUAACAGUAUCAAAUUUUUUAAAUUUAAGGUGAGUGACUUCCAGUAGUAGCUUGUACCAGAUUUUAUCCAUUUUAUUAUAUUGCUUAAAGUUUUCUUUAAAAUUUGUAGUCAUUUUCUGAAAAUAUAUCAUAAUAUUUUUAUGUUUAAAAUGAGCCUGAUUGAAAAACAAUGUUUCUUUAAUAUUAACUGUUUCUGAUUUUCAUUAGUUAUAUUACUAAGUUUGGUAUUCAUAAAACUAUUUGGAAAAAAAUUUUUAAUGUAUUUUAGGAAAAAGACAGGUAAAAAUAAAAUAAGCAAAUGGACAAUAUUCUUAUCAGAAAUCCUUGAAAAGAAAUUAGAAAGGAGAAAACAAAUUUUACUGAGCUAAAAAUAUUGGAAAAUAAGGAUAAUUUAAAAGGAAAAAUUUCUUACGUUGCUAGAGCAAUCAACUUUUUAUUUCCAAAUGAUUAUUUUGUGCUGUUCCAUUAAUUUUGCAUAGUAUAUAAUUUUCUCACCACCUUAGUGUGUCUACACCGAUUACAGAAAAGAAAGGAGGAAACUGGGUGAAGAAAAGCCAGGGAAAUUGGGCUUAUUCCCUUUUUUCAAUAGCACUAAUGUAUAGUCCCUUUAACCUUCCAUAUGGUGCUUUGUGUGAUGGGUAUAUAACAUUUAUAUAUGUUAUUAGUGCCUUAUUUUUUUCACUUGACUUUAUUUCUUAUCUAAAGAGCCAUAUCUAUUUUUUGUGAGUGUUCUUUUGUCCCUUUAUUUAAAAAGUGCUAAUGAGAUAGUAUCUCUUUAGGGAUGUAUAUAGCCUGUAUUUGCUACCAUAAUCUACUGUAUUACCUCUAGAACAGCAAAUUAGCCAGUGCAUUUUUCUUAAACUUAUUGUUCAUUUUUAAAAGAAAGUAUGAAAUGAAUAUUAAGUACCAGAAAUUCAAGCCAUUAAACUUGAAGUGUAUUUUAAACCACAAAAAAGAAUACUAAUUAAGUUUAAAACAGGAAUUGGAAUGACUGUCAGGUAAAUCUAUAGCUCAAACUAGGACAAAAGCAUUAAAAAUAAAACAAAGUAUAUGCUACUUCAGGAAUUUGAUCAUUUCUCUACAACAUGUCUUCGGAGAUAUUUUAUUAGUAAUAAAUUUCCAUACAGAUGUUGGAUAACCAUGAGACUCACAAAUUCAUGUUGCUGUUCAUUCACUGUGGGCUUUAUCGACAUCAAGCUAUUAUGUUUAAUAUAUUAUUUUGCUCUUCUUGGUCUAUGUCUUUUGUUUUGCUUUAUACAAAAUGCUGGUUUUGUUGUAUUCUUUAUGUACCAUAGUAUGUAAUUCAGCUUUUCCUGAUGAAUGUAUGAUGAAUGAAUAAAAUAAACCAUGUGUUUAGAAAAGACAAAGACACAGGUUGUAUAUGCAAAUAUGUGUAAAUAUUUGACAAAGAAAAAAAUAGAAAAGAAUCUUCCUAUCCAACAGAUAGGUCCUGCUGGACAGGACCUGGAAAUUAGCAGAUUUUUUUUUUUUAAGCAGUGAAAUUUAAAAAUCUAUUACCUCAAGAAUUUUCAGUGGAUAUGUGUCAGUGUACUGCUCCUUCUAUAGAAGUACUAUCUCACUUGCUGCUGGUGGUAAAAGCAACCCAAGUGUCAGAUCACAUAAAUUUUAGGGACACAUCUUUAAAAGAUGAAUACCUUGUGAUAUUCUUGUAGAGUCUAAUUAUAGACUUUUGGUAAUUUCCCUAUAGCCUUUUGUUGUGGCUGGGCUUUUAUUUGUUUUUUGUUGUUUUUUUUUUUAAUUAUUUUUGGUUGGUUAUUUUAAGAUGGGAGGGUAAUCUUGAGUCUGAGAUCAGAUCUCAUGGAAAAAUCUAAUGAUGCUCACUCUACAUGGAUGAAAACUAUAAGGGGAAUCAGCUGUGACUGUCACUGUAUGAGCUGUCGUGUGGAUUACUGUGAGUGCCGUUUACUGCAGGAUGUGUGCGAUACAUCGUGCAAAGUCAUCUAGCAACACCUAAUAAAAGUUUUUUAAGAGA